AUGCCGACCCCAUCAAGUAAUCCGCCGCCAGAAUUGCCACCUCGGUCGCACAGCUCCUCCUGCCCCGAUGAACUGCGCGCAUCGGCCUCAUCCUGGCGGCCCGACAGUGACGGAUUGGACGAGAUGCACGUAGACAGCGAUGCAUCAUCACGAGAUCUUGUCAGCUCACUAGCUGGGUCCUCAGCAGCAACAGCAGCCGCCGUGGCCAUGGCAGAAGAUGUCGACAUCAUGUCCAGAUCCAACUCUGAAUCACCGCGACCAGACUCUAGGAUUGGCGAUUCUUCGACGCCGACACCUGAAAAUGCAGAAAUAGAUGGUCCUUCACCAUCGAGAGGUAAAGUCAUGGGUCCAGAGCAUGAUCUCGCGACACAUGCCGAACCACUCAAUUUACGCACGGAGCGCGGUAGCUCGGCUUUCGACAUGACGUCUCCAGCGAGCGCAGAUAGCGAUAAGAUAGACGAUAUUGUGGUAUCGUCGCACGGCAUGUUGCAGGACGACUAUACUACUCCGUCCAUGGGUUACGAAUACUCAAACGUCAGGUUAAUACCGACCACAACUUCUUCGUACUUGCGACCGGGUAGCAAAUUCCACGGCACGCAACAGUCUGAACGGCAGAUUUAUGAUGUUCAGGUUGAAAUCAAAUACGUUGACUUGAGGGAAUCGUCCCUGUGUGGAUAUCUCAGGAUUCAAGGCCUGACGGAAGACAACCCCACCCUCACAACCUUUUUCGAAGGCGAGAUCAUCGGCUCGAAAUACGGAUUUCUGACCAACCAUCCAGACUGGGGCGCAACUGACAAAAUUGACGUCUCCCACUGGAACAAGUUUGCUGCCUUUAGACCAUACGCCAAGACGGUCCGCAAGGGUGGUAAUAUCGCCAUUCCCAAUCUGGGAUCCAAAGAAAAUAUAUUUAUGCGGUGGAAGGAGCGUUUCCUCGUGCCGGAUCAUCGCGUGAGGACCAUUAAUGGGGCUAGCUUUGAGGGCUUCUACUACAUUUGCUUUAACCAGAAAUCUGGGACUGUCAGUGGUAUUUAUUUCCAUGCAAAGAGCGAGAAGUUCCAGCAGCUGGAGCUCAAGCAUGUCGAAGACAAGGGCUGUUUUGGAGCUUUGGAAUUCAGGUGA